CCGGGACACGCCCUUCCCGUGAUGCUCCGCGUUCCCUAGUAACCGCGCCGUUGCUACGGGCGGCCUGGGAGCGGCCGCCAUGGCGGCGGCCCUGAGGCUAGGGACCCUUUUCCUCCUCAUCCUCCUCUUGCCGCUCCGGGCAGCGGAGCCGAGCGUGGAGCCUGCGGUCAGUGAGGCGGGCCCUGCAGCGCCACCGGAGACCCGCGCUGCUGCCCGGGCGCGGCCCCGCAGCGGGCCGGCUCCGGUCACGGAUGUUGCCAAGCUGUGUGUUUGUGAUCUGUUGGUGGCACAGUGUGAUGUAAAUUGCUGCUGUGACCCUGAUUGCAGUGCAGCAGAUUUCAGUCUCUUCACUACAUGCUCAGUUCCUAUUGUCACAGGUGACAGCCGUCUUUGUAGUCAGAAAGCUGCUAUAUAUUCACUUGAUGUUGAAGCAAAUCCACCAGAAAGGAUAUUUAAAUUAAUUGAUCAAGUCAAUCCCAGUGUUUUCUGCAUUCACACUGCAAACUAUAAACAAGCACUCUCCUUCAGUUCCCCUGAAAUACCUACUUCUGAAAACUUUGAUCAGUUGCUUCAACAGUUCGGAAGUACUUCUUUCAGUGCUGAGCCUGACAGCUGGAACAUGAACACAGAUGCUCAAAAUCCUUCUGAUGUGAAUGAAACUUACAGGUACAAGUAUGGUGUUCCUAUACAGACAGUGGAUACAUUUCUAAGACUACCUAGUCCUGUUGUCACCUCUUGGUGCUCUGAUGCGAAUCCUGCAGCGUUUUUAGUAAACCAGGCUACAAAAUGCACUAGGUCAGUAAGUGUGGAAAACUGUGGCAACAUUCAAGCAGUUAGUAUGCUGUUCUAUAUCAACUCCAGCAUUUUGGCAGUACCCAAAUCAAGUCAGAUGGUUAAUAUUACUGUCCGGUCCAUAGUUGCCCAGUCUCUGAAUGGAACGCGGACUUUACUUAACGGUAGUGAUGUCCUCAGGCUCCCCAUGAUUUUGGACGAACUGUGCAUAAAUAUAGUUCUUGGGGUGAGUUAUCACAUUACAUACACAGACACAGGAGAAAUAAUAGAAGCAGCUGCUUCUUUUGUUUUGGGGGCAAUUAAUAAAGAAGCACUUUCAAUACAGCAGAGCUUUGAAAUCAGCUUUACUCAGGUAAAUACAAAGCCAAUUCCUCUCAGUGGUAAUCCUGGUUAUGUUGUUGGACUGCCUGUAAGAGCGGGCUUCCGGCCACAAGGAUCUGGCAUCAUUCAGAAUACUAACAAAUACAGUCAACUUACCAUUCUGCAAAGUACAUCCAGCCAGGACUGUCUGGCAGCACAGGGAGCCAGAACCCCCGUAUUAUUUGGUUAUAAUGUGAUAUCAGGCUGUAAGUUACGAAUUACUGCAGCUAUGAAAUGUCAGCCUUUGACUCAGACCAUCCUAGAUUUACUGAAGGGACAAAGCUUUCCUGAAUAUGUGGCCUCGUUUGGAAAUUCUCAAGCCCAGGAUGUGCUCGACUGGGUGCCAAUAACUCACCUCCACACCUCAGAACAGAGCUCAUGCCAAAUACCAGUAUCACUUGAAAUAGAAGUGAAGUGGACUAAAUAUGGAUCCCUUGUCAAUCCACAAGCCAGAAUAGUGAAUGUUACGGCAAUGAUCACUACCACCGCAUUGAAGCAGCUUCCCUCAGGAAGGGAAAGGACUAUUCCUAUAACAAGUUCUGUUGUUUUCACUGAUAUUUCUUCACCUGCAGAGCCAGGCUAUAAAGCUUGGCCCACCAUUAAUGCCAAGUUACCCUUUGAUUUUUUCUUUCCAUUUGUCUAAGUUCUUUUAAUAUGUUGAUUUAUGAGCUGUGGAAGCAGAAAGAACUUUGUAGCCCAGCGGGCCACAAACGAACACUUAAAAUGGAAGAAGAGAUGAGAGAACACAGUAUCAGAACUCAAAUCUGCUGCUGAGAACAAGGCACUGUUUGACGUAAGAUGGCACAUGUUUGCCUCUAUUUUGGUGCUGAUUUGAUUGUCAAUUAAAGGAGUGGUAUGUUGGUAUUUUUGAAAUGAUUGUUAUAUAAAUAAAGUGUCACAAGCAGCAACAGAAAUGAGGAAACUACCAACAAUAUGAAAAGAAUGGUUGGCAAAGAAGAGAUGUACUAAUGAUGAAUGGUCAGCUUAUAGAGAAGAAAAGACCUUUUCAGCCUGUAUUCUUAUCGUUUGUACUGCAUGUUUCUACAAGCUGUUGCAAACAAAGAGUAUUAUCACUGAAAUAUUCAAUUAUUUAAAAUAAGUGGUACUUUUGUGGA